AUGGACACCAAACCAGGGAGUCAAGUGAUGGACACCAAACCAGGGAGUCAAGUGAUGGACACCAAACCAAGGAGUCAAGUGAUGGACACCAAACCAGGGAGUCAAGUGAUGGACACCAAACCAGGGAGUCAAGUGAUGGACACCAAACCAGGGAGUCAAGUUAUAGACACUAAACCAGGGAGUCAAGUGAUGGACACCAAACCAGGGAGUCAAGUGAUGGACACCAAACCAGGGUGUCAAGUGAUGGACACCAAACCAGGGAGUCAAGUAAUGGACAUCAAACCAGGGAGUCAAGUGAUGGACACCAAACCAGGGAGUCAAGUGAUGGACACCAAACCAGGGAGUCAAGUGAUGGACACCAAACCAAGGAGUCAAGUGAUGGACACCAAACCAGGGAGUCAAGUGAUGGACACCAAACCAGGGAGUCAAGUGAUGGACACCAAACCAGGGAGUCAAGUGAUGGACACCAAACCAAGGAGUCAAGUGAUGGACACCAAACCAGGGAGUCAAGUGAUGGACACCAAACCAGGGAGUCAAGUGAUGGACACCAAACCAGGGAGUCAAGUUAUAGACACUAAACCAGGGAGUCAAGUGUUGGACACCAAACCAGGAAGUCAAGUGAUAGACACCAAACCAGGGAGUCAAGUGAUGGACACCAAACCAGGGAGUCAAGUAAUGGACACCAAACCAAGGAGUCAAGUGAUGGACACCAAACCAGGAAGUCAAGUGAUACACAACAAACCAGGGAGUCAAGUGAUGGACACCAAACCAGAGAGUCAAGUAAUGGACACCAAACCAGGGAGUCAAGUGAUGGACACCAAACCAGGGAGUCAAGUGAUGGACACCAAACCAGGGAGUCAAGUAAUGGACACCAAACCAGGGAGUCAAGUGAUAGACACCAAACCAGGGAGUCAAGUGAUAGACACCAAACCAGGGAGUCAAGUUAUAGACACCAAACCAGGGAGUCAAGUGAUGGACACCAAACCAGGGAGUCAAGUGAUGGACACCAAACCAGGGAGUCAUGUGAUAGACACCAAACCAGGGAGUCACGUGAUGGACACCAAACCAGAGAGUCAAGUGAUAAGACACAAAACCAGGGAGUCAAGUGAUAGACACCAAACCAGGGAGUCAAGUGAUGGACACCAAACCAGGGAGUCAAGUUAUAGACACUAG